UAAUAUUCUAUUGAUUUAUGCAAUAAUCUAUAGUGUGUCCCCGAACAUUUUCUCAAAUGCGGGAAUUAAUGAUGCGUAGAACCAUAAAAUAUUUUCAAGUAUACAAGGUGUUUCUAAAAUAUCAAAAUAACGAGUAACUUUGUUAUUUUUAUAGAAUGCCAGUAUCUAGUACGAUAACGAUAAUAGAUCGGUACGAUAAAGUUCUCCCUUUCGUCCAGCGUUUUUUUGAAACAAGGACAGAAAUAAUUUUAUUCCACAAGUGCCCUCCACCCUGUCUAAUGUUGUUAACAGAAACAUCUAAUGUUAUUGUUCUAUUCUCAUUUUGACAGUGACAUAUCUUAAUUCAUAUUUCAGGGAUUUGGAAAUUUCUUCAAAGAAGGUAAAGUCACUGGAGUCAUCGGCAAAGUAGUAAGACGCGAAGUCGACUUAGCUGCGAAUGCAAGAUUCAUUGACACGUUAGAUCAAGUCGAAUAUACAAUCCCAAUCGACGCUGAAGAAUUAUGCAUAGUCGUACCAAAAGCAGCCAAAAAACCGCCGUGGAUGAAGAUAUUCCAUUGUUUUGAUCGUUUAGUUUGGUUAUGUAUUAUUUGUACUGAAGCGGUUACCAUGUUAUUUUGUCGGACGCUUUACUUUCAAUCUUGGAUCAAUGUUUUUGCCAUCUUCAGAUCCCAACCAACAACUCACACACAAAGAUUUUAUCUAAGAUACCUUUUUUUAACAUAUGUGAUAUGUUCUCUCAUAAUAAACAGCGUAUUUCAAGGAAAUUUAGUGAAAUCGUUUGGUACGAUUCAGAAUUUUCACGAUAUGAACACACUGCAAGAAUUUGCCCAAAGUGAUUUUGUUCUAUACACUACUUACGAGGAUAUUUUUAACUACAUUGACAACGACGUAUUUAAAGAACUAAAGGCAAAAGUAGCUCCCUUUACUCCUGAGGAUUAUAAAAGUACCUUAAAUAGAAGUUUGGGCAUAAAGAACCGCGCAACUUUGGAGAGAAGAACAGAUGCAAAGUAUGUGAUCAUGAAUUAUUUUCUAGAUGAAACUGGAUAUCCAAGGCUGCACGUUAUCAACGAAUGCCCUAGGACGUUUUUUGUGGCAUACGCUGUUCAAAAAGGCUCGCCUUAUGUUGGAGAGUUUUCCAAGAUCAUCACAAUGCUUAAAGAAGCAGGUUUCAUCAGUAAAUGGAAUUCAAUAUCAAAAGUAUUGUUCUUAAAGCGCAACAUUAUUAAUGAUAUUAUGGAUGAUGAGGCAGCAGUUCCCAUAAACCUCUAUGAUCUUAUUGUAGCAUUCUAUGUUUUAAGUUUGGGUUUAAUUUUGAGUAUAUUUGUGUUUCUGUUAGAAGUGUUGUGGUAUAAAAUAUGUGGAGACCUUUCAAUAUCUCUAAAUCGAAAAAAACCACAUCGAUAUCCAAAAAAACAGCGGAACCUUCGUUAGUUUAUAGUAACUAACGCCUUCGUUAGUUAAUAUUAACUAACACCUUCGUUAGUUAAUAGUUACUAAGCAAUUUGUUUUAAAAAUUACACAAAGAAAAAGAAUUUAAUAUAGUUGGCUGUAUACAUCAUCAUCAUCUUGGUGCUACAGCCCUUAGAGGGCCUCGACCUUCUCAAGCUUUCUACGCCAUUCUGUUCUGUCCCUUGUUUGAAUUUUCCAGUUGCCGACUCCAAUCUUCUUGGCAUCUUGUGUUACCCCGUCCAUCCACCUCAACUUUGGUCUACCCCGUCUUCUCAUUCCCACGGGUUGAGCUGUUAGAAUCUUUUUUAUCAUGUUCGAUUCAGGGCCCGGGCUACAUGUCCUGCCCACUGCAGGCGGUUUCGCUUAAUUACAGUGAUAAUAUCUUUUCCACCAAACGUAUGCUUGUAGAUAUUCUGCAGUUCAAAGUUAUAUCUACGCCUCCAUAUUCCGUUCUCACAGACUGCUCCGAAUAUCUUGCGUAUCACUAUUCUUUCAAAAAUCGAUAGAGCGGAUUCAUCUGUUUUAGUUAGCCUCCAUGCCUCUGAUCCGAUAUGUGAGAACGGGGACUAUCAAUCUUUUAUACAGCCUUAUACGAGUUUUUUGAGACAGACGUUUGUUAGGUAAGUACUUCGACAGACCAUGAUAACACCUGUUUGCAAUUAUUAUUCGCCUUUUUAUUUCCUCAGAUGUGUUAUUAUUGGGGUUAACCGAUGACCCUUCGAAGUUUUGGUCAUUGAUGAUUAGAUCUGCGUCAACAUUUCCAGCUCUUGUGUUUGUGUUAGUCGCCAUGAACUUGGUUUUAUUUUGAUUUAUACGUAACCCCAUUCGUUCUGCUGCUGCUACUAGAUCGGUUAGGAUUUCCGCAGUUUUCGCCCUGGUUUUUGUUAUAACGUCCACGUCGUCUGCAUAUGCUAGAAUUUGGACUGAUCUAUUAAAUAUUGUUCCCCUACUAUCUAAAUUAGCGUCUCGUACAACUUUUUCUAAGGCUUCAUUAAAAAGCUGACACGCCAGCGCAUCUCCCUGCCUUAACCCCCUAUGUAUUUCAAAUGGGGUGGACGAGUCGUUUUGAACUUUUAUCAAACAUAUGAGUUUUUUUGGCUGUAUACCAUAAAACACAAAAAACUAAAUAAUUAAAAAUAUUUUAUGAAAGGUCAGAAAAAAUCCGUCAUCCGUGUUACUUACAGGUAUACAUGCUUUGAGCCAUCAAAAUAUUUGGGUGAAAACCCUUUAAAUGGUAUAAAGUUACAUUUUUGUAUCUGUACAGUAGGGAGGGUGAGUCAAGUCCCCAUUACCCCAAUAUCCCAUUUUAUACUAAGGCAAAACCAAAAAAGGCAAACCCAUCUAAACUAAAUCACUUGAGAAAGGCACUCUAGGAAGAAUUAGGAUUUCCCCCGAUAGUUGCGGUUACAGAGCACUGGCUUGAAGUCAACGAGCCUUUUUUUGUAGAAAAAUAUACCACAAUUGCUAGGUAUGAUCGUCCAAGUUCAGCUCAUGGAGGCACCCUAAUUCUUUCUAGAAAUAAUGAUUUUUCUCUGAUUACAAAAUAUGACUUUCUGUUAAAUGAAGCCUUCUUUGA